AUGACUGAUACAACAUUAUUAGUUAAAGCGCGGAAAGCUAGAUUCGAUGAUCUACCAAAUUUUUCUGGACAUUCUUCUGAGGAUGUCGAACGUUUUUUAAAAAGCAUUAAACAUAUUACAAAGGCUAACGAUCAAUCAGAAAAUCACGAAAUUCUCGAAAUCGUUCGCGGAAAAUUAAUUCAAUCGGCAGGUUUAUGGUUCGAUAAUCAUGAACAGGAUUUUAAAAAAUGGUCAGAUUUUGAACUUGCAUUUCGAAAUCGUUAUUUCUCGUCAACAAUGAUUCAUAAAAAAUUCGAUUUAUUGAAACAACGAAAACAAUUACAUGAUGAACCCGUUACAUCUUAUUUUGAUGAUAUUGUUAAUUUAUGUAAAGAAAUUGAUCCACAGAUGUCAGAACUAAUGAUGAUAAAACAUUUAAUGAGUGGAAUUCAUCCUGAAUUUCAGAAAGAACUUUCUCGGCGUGAAUCAACCAUGAAUACAUUAAAUGAAUUUUUAAAAUACGCUAAAAUCGAACAAGAUUUGAAUGAUACAUUUGAAAAUUUUCAUCGACUAUCAAUAGAAUCUACAAAACCUAAUUUUGAAAUCAAUCAUCGACAAAUUCCUUCAUUGACCAAUAUGAUUGAACGACCAAAACAACAAUAUCAAUUUAUGAAUAAAAUGAAUCCUCAUUCACAUUCAUUUACAACACAGAGAUCCGAUUAUAAACGGAACUCGAAUUAUCAAUAUGAACCUCGAUCAACAUUUACACCUAAUAAAAAUAUGCAAUAUAAUUCACACCAACAUGAAUUGCAACAAAAAAAUUAUAUUAAUAAUCAGUUACUAUCACAGCCAUUGUUUAAUCAUUGUAGAAUAUGUAGUCGACAAAAUCAUCGAACAAUUGAUUGUUUUCAUAAACAAACAACCGGAUGUUUUAAUUGUGGUCAAAAUCAUACUGUUCGCGAAUGUACAAAGCCUCCAAGUUUUCAAUGUCCUAUUCCAGUUAGACUAGAAGAGACACACACAACUGUAUUCGUCUUACAUAAUGAUCUAUCAUAUCCAUUAUGUAACAAUCAGAAUCAAUUAACUAUUCCUGAUCAAGAUGGACAAUUAAAUUUUAUCCCAUAUGUAGAACCAACAUGCACUAAUUAUCCAGCUCUAUUAGUUCAUCAAAUUACUAUUCCUCCAUAUUCACAAGUAUUAGCUGAUAUUACAUGUUCAGUUAAUGAUGCUAAUGAUUUUAUAUUUGAACCAUACGAACAUCAUAUUCCAAAAUCUAUUUUCAUACCACACACAUUAUUGAACAUUAAUAAACAUCAAGCCAAAGUAUUACUUAUGAAUGCUCACGAUCGACAAAAAAUAUUAUCAAGAAAUACACGAAUCGGAACUAUUUCUCGUGAGACAACAUAUUCAAUAUUUACAACAACCGAAUCUUCAACAGCACAAAAUUCUUUUUUACAUGAAAAUUUUCAAAGGUCAUCUUGA